CGCCUCCACCUUUCCAAUCCCAGUCACUUUACCGCCUUUCCAGCCUUUCCUCCCGGUUCUACCACCUCUCUACUCCCUCCUCCCUCUACCAGCACAUUUUCUGGAAAGAGAAACUCAGGAAUCUGACCCUGGUGUCCUGGACCCUCAGCUGUCACCAGACAGAGCUGGACAUUGGACCCCAGGCAUUUGGGCCUCUCAUACUGAGGCUUCCCAGAUGUUAUGGACCUGGAUCUUUCUCUGCCCCACCUCACCAACUCCUCAGAUGAUCCAAGCUCUGAGCCUGGGACCCCUCCUGGAACCCCCCCGAGGUCUGAUGCUCAUCUUCCUGGGGAACUGAAGAGAUCCCAGCCCCUUUCCAUCCAGGCCAGCAGGAAACUUAGGGAGGAAGAGCUGCGAUCCUCGUCUCUGCCUGCUAUUCCUAACCCUUUUCCUGAGCUCUGCAGCCCUCCUUCUCAGUCACCCAUCCUUGGAGGCCCCUCCUCAGGGCGGGGGUUCCUCUCAAGAGAUAGCAGUGUCCCCCAUGUGGUGAAAGUGUACAAUGAAGACGAGACAUGCCGGUCCGUGGAGGUGGCGGCAGAUGCCACAGCCCGACACGUGUGUGAAAUGUUGGUGCAGCGGGCACAUGCCCUGAGCGAUGAGAGUUGGGGGCUGGUUGAGUGCCAUCCCAACCUGGCAUUGGAGAGGGGACUGGAGGAUCAUGAGUCAGUGGUAGAGGUGCAAGCUGCCUGGCCUGUCGGGGGAGACAGUCGUUUUGUCUUUCGAAAAAACUUUGCCAAAUAUGAACUGUUUAAGAGCUCCCCACACUCCCUCUUCCCAGAGGUAAUGGUCUCCAGCUGUCUAGAUACCAACACUCACAUGACCCAUGAUGAGCUCAUCCAGAACUUCCUGAAUGCAGGUAGCUUCCCUGAAAUCCAGGGUUUCCUCCAGCUCCGGGGAUCAGGACGCAAGCUCUGGAAACGUUUCUAUUGCAUCCUGCGCCGCUCUGGCCUCUACUGUUCCACCAAAGGCACCUCCAAGGACCCCCGACAUCUACAGUAUGUGGCUGAUAUAAAUGAAUCCAAUGUGUAUCUAGUGACCCAGGGCAGAAAGCUCUAUGGGACGCCCACUGAUUUUGGCUUUUGUGUCAAGCCUAACAAACUGCGCAGCCCAAAGGGGCUUCGGGUCUUCUGCAGCGAAGAUGAACGGAGCCGCAGCUGCUGGGUGGCUGCCUUCCGUCUCUUCAAGUACGGAAUGCAACUUUACAAGAAUUAUCAGCAGAUGCAAUCCCGACGAAUUCGCCCAUCCUGGUUUGGUACUACGCCUCUGAGGAGCGUCUCAGACAAUACUUUGGUGGCCAUGGAUUUCUCUGGUCGUGCUGGACGGGUCAUUGAGAAUCCCAGAGAGGCUCUGAGUGCAGCACUGGAAGAAGCCCAAGCCUGGAGGAAGAAGACCAAUCACAGAUAUAGCCUGCCUACUCCUUGCCCCGGCAGCACGCUCAGCUCAGCCAUUCACCGCUCCCAACCCUGGUUCCAUGGCCGCAUCUCUCGGGAGGACACCCAGAGGCUCAUCGGACAGCAGGGCCUGGUUGAUGGUGUGUUUCUUGUACGGGAGAGUCAGCGCAACCCCCAAGGUUUUGUCUUGUCCUUGUGUCACUUGCAGAAGGUGAAACACUACCUCAUCCUUCCGAGUGAGGAGGAGGGCCGCCUCUACUUCAGCAUGGAUGAAGGGCAGACACGUUUUACUGACCUCCUGCAGCUGGUGGAGUUUCAUCAGCUCAACCGUGGCAUCCUGCCUUGCCCACUUCGUCACUGCUGCACCCGGGUGGCCCUCUGACUGAGUGACUCCUGACAAUUCUUCCUUCCCAUAGAGAGAGGUAUCUUGUCUCUCUCAUUCUCCCCUGCUCCUGGCCAAAACAAUCGGGGGAUCCUUCUCCUCCCCCACCAACCCUGUACCUCAACAGCACUGGAAGACAUACCCCCACUUCUGUCUGACUCCUCAAAGACCAGGCUUUGUGAGUCAAUGCACUUUGGAUCUUGGUGGGAAUGCAUAUAUCAGUAAGGAGCCCCUUCCUCUUCUCUCCUGCUAUUUCUUCCUUCUCUUUCCUUUUUCUUUCUCUAUUUUUCUAUGCUCUUUUCCCUUU